CCCCGCCCCCUCCCCGAGAUGGCCGCCGCCGCCGCCGCCGCCGAGGCCGAGUCCCCGCCGCCGCCCCCCGGUGUGAGGCCGGGCCGUGGGCCGGGCCUGGGGGCUCGGCUGCGGGGCUGCUGCUGCUGUGUGACGGUGGAGCCGGCGCUGUUCAUGGCCAUGCUGGCGAUGGUGCUGCAGGGCCCGCUCACCACUCAGUACAUCUUCCAGAGAGUGAGCGCCGAGCUCGGAUUCAGCGGCAACCGGAGCCGAGGCUGCAACAGGUCCCAAGGGCCCGAGGCCGAGCUGGAGCGGGAGGUAGAGGCAAUGACUUCACACUGGAACCUGUACAUCAACAUGGGGGGUUUUGCUGUGGGACUUUUCUCCGUGACCCUGCUUGGACCAUGGAGUGACCGUGUUGGACGCAGGCCGAUCCUGAUCGUGCCUGCCCUUGGCUUGGCUCUGCAGUCAGCGAUCUAUCUCAUCGUCAUGUGCCAGGAGCUGCCAGUUGGUUACUUUCUGAUCGGUCGCCUACUGAGUGCCCUGAUGGGGGAUUUCAACAUCAUCCUGGCUGGAUGCUUCUCGUACAUCGCCGACAUCAGUGACAGGCAGUCACGCACGAUCCGCGUGGCCAUGUUGGAGUCAUGCCUGGGGAUCGCGGGGAUGUUUGGCAGCAUAAUCGGAGGGCAGUGGAGCAAGGCUCAGGGCUACACCAAUCCGUUCUGGCUAGUGUUGGCACUGAACCUGGCCACUGCAGUCUACAGCUUCGCCUUCAUCCGGGAGUCUGUGACUGCCAAGCGACCGGCCAAGCUGUUCACCAUGGAACACUAUAGGUCGGUGUACCGCCUGUUCUCCAGUGGCAGGCUCAGCCUUUGGCUGUAUGCACUCUCACUCUUCAUAGUGGUGACCGUGCACUUUGGAGUGAAGGACAUUCUGAUCCUCUUUGAGCUGAGCUCUCCUUUGUGCUGGGGGUCUGACUGGAUUGGAUACGGAUUGGCACUGGAGCACCUGACCUACCUGAGCAGUCUGUUGGGACUGAAGGUGAUGCAGCCAUGCAUUGGUGACAGUGGGAUCGCCGAGAUUGGCCUGCUGUCCAACAUGGCGGGCUUGGUGGUGUUUUCAGUGGCUGCAACCAGCUCUCUCAUGUUCACAGGAUACGGGCUGCGGUUUCUUACUAUGACUUCAACUCCGGUGCUCAGAGCCAAGAUGUCAAAGUUGGUGGAGGUGACAGAACAAGGAGCACUGUUCGCCUCAGUGGCGUGUGUGGAGAGUGCCUGCUCACUGGCAUCCACAGUGGUCUUCAGCUCCUUGUACCCUGCAACCCUCUACUUCAUGAAGGGAUUUUCAUUUCUCUUCGGUGCAGCUUUACUCCUUGUUCCAACAGCGAUUAUUGGGAUGCUGGCGUGCAGAGGGAUGGAGCUGCAGUACCGCCGAUUUGAAGACCCUGCCCGAGACGGCCCCCUUAGCACAGGCUGUGACUCCUCCAUUCAGAGUGGGUGAACCUCCUGGGAUCUUUCUCAAUUACCACCCCCCCUCCCAGUCAGUGUGGGCGAACCAGCAGCACCUCAGAUCCAAGCGGAUCUGCCCCCCCCACCCACCACGUCAGCUUACUGAGAGAUUUUCAUCAGAGAAUGAUACAAAGGGAGGCCCUUCAGCCCAUCCCCCCCAUGCCAGCUCUCUGCCAGAAUUACCCAGUAGUCUCCCUCGUCUGCCCUCUCCCACAUUCUUUGCACUGGAAUGUUUAUCCAGGUUGCCUUUGGAAGGUGCAGUUCAAACUGCUUCCACCACCCUUCAUAGUCAGGUCACCACUGACUGCAGAAAGGGAUUAACCACUGCUCUCCUCGCUGACCGUACUCUGUGCCCUUGAAUCACUGACCCUCAUAGAGUCAUACAGCACGGAAACAGGCCCUUCGGCCCAACUCGUCCAUGCCGACCACGUUGCCCACCUGAGCCAGUCCCAUUUGCCUGCACUUGGCCGAUUUCUCUCUAAACCUUUUGUAUCCACGUAGCUGUCUAAUGUCUUUUAAACGUUAUAACUGUACCCGCCUCUCCCACCUGCUCCUUCCAGCGGGAACAGAUUCUGCUCCAGUCAGAACACCUCUUGUGUUUUCCCCAAGCCUUCUAACUGUCAGGGAGGCGAUACACCACCCCCCCCCCCAUGUGCUCCCCACGAUCUGUGUUAGCCUUUGCUCAGAGAUUAAGUGCCAGGCUUCUCUGGAGGAAAGGACAGUUUUAAUAUCUAUAGUAUUACAAAUGAAUUCUGUUAAAUUUCAGGAAUUACCAAAAAUUAAGUACUAGAAAAUCACAAUUUUUUAAAAUUUAUAUUUGACUAUAAUUUUGUUGCUUUGGAAAAGGCGGGAAAAUGUGUGUUGUGAUGGUUUUCUUGUCAUGUACAAGGAAAGAAAGAUGUUGAUGUGUUUUUAACAGCAGAUGCUGCAAAUAAACUGACGCUGGGCACUGCCGA